UAUGAUGACAGGAAAGGGAAUUUGUUGAAUUGUUUUAACAUUGCUGAUCAUUUUAUUUAAACUAUAUAUGCCAGUAAAAUAUGUUUAUAUGUAAUAUAUGUAAAAUUAUACAGCUAUUUUGAGUGAGAAAAACAAGCUGGCGUCUGGGCCGCCAAGCGCCCUCUGGAGGACUAAUUAUUUCUGCUUCAGUUUAUUGGUUAAAUAAACAACAACCCAAUCUUUAUACGGAGGCGGAGUUUACAGAAACCACCACAUUAGCUUAUCGUGUUUCAGAUUCGCUCUUACCGGAUUAGUGAUUUGUUGAUAUAACGGAGUGAUAGAUGACGUAAAUGUUUCCGCUAUGCAAGCCGAUUGAAGACAGACAUAUGUUUCUAAAUAAUGAGCCUAUUAUUUUUCUCUAGUCCGAAGAAGGCGUAAAUACAUUGUGGCAAAAUGCUGCAUGGGUCUGCUGCAGGAAGUUGUUUAUUUGAAUCGAUUCAACGCGGUGAAAUCGAUAGAGUUUCCCAUUUAAUACAACACGAUCGGGGACUCCUAAAGCAAAAGGGAUGGGGAGGUUUCACAGCCCUCCACUUUGCUGCUCUCAAUGGAAGCCGUCCGAUGGCUGAGCUUCUGCUAAACAGCGGUGCUGAUCCAAACAUCCCUUGCGAUGCCGGCCAGACUCCUUUUCACUUCGCCUGCAGAAAUGGCAAUAUCUAUAUCAUGCACAAUAUGAUGCAACAUGGCGCAGACCUAAAGCUAGUGGAUGAGCAAGGGAAAACAUCUCUUCUUCAUGCAGUCAGUGGUGGAAGUGUUGUUGCCAUGCAGUAUCUGUGGGAGACUGGAAUGUUCAGUUUUUCCGAUGCUGAUUAUUAUCAAAUCACUCCAUUGCAUUUGGCAGCUUCCACAGGCAAUACUGACGUCCUCCAGUAUCUCCUAAGAGCAGACAGAUGCACACCUGAGGCAGUUGACCACAAGGGUGCGACAGCGCUUCACGUGGCUGCAGAGAAAGGCAUGAUUGAGGUGUGCUGGAUACUGAUGAAGAGUGCUGGACUCCACAUAUUACACAUGAAAAACCACACUGGCCUCACACCACUAGAUCUCUGUAUUCGGGGGAAUACUUUUAGACAUCAGCAACUCUCCAGGAUGUUGAUGCAAUUCAGCAAACGACCAAAGGAUGUGAUACCUAAAGACUCGUAUGUGAUGUACUUCUGGAUGCUGAUGUUGCCAUCUCUGAGUGGGGCAGUGGUUCUCAUUAUAUCUGCAACUCUGGCGGACUAUGGCGGCAUCUUCUCUGCGCUACUGUUUCCCUGUAUGGCUAAAGUCAUUCUAUCACAGUACCACAGACUGAGCAGCUUUCAGAGGUUACCAAACCCCAUUUACCUCGGAACGCUGACUGCCGGCAUACUUCAUUCUGCAAUCUGUUUUAUCUAUAAGAUUUUACCCAGUGUGUGGCCAGCUCACACCUUGUUACACAUCGCAGUGUUCCAUCUCUGUGUGCUCAUUGGACUCUUUUGGAAAGUUUUAAACCAGAACCCAGGACAACUCCUCAAAGCUGAGACCGAUGCCCGGUUUUCCAGCAUAGGAGACUUACUAGAAGCCAACGAGAGCCCGUACAGAUUCUGUAUUUACUGUGAGCUGAUCCAAGUGGACAACUGCAAACACUGCCGUUUGUGUGAUGUGUGCAUUAAAGACUACGACCACCACUGCCUCUUCCUCAAUCAGUGUGUGGGGAGGGACAACCACCGUCUCUUCAUCUUCUUCAUCAUGGCCAUGAUGAUGGCCCACCUCAUCUUUAUCUUCAGUGCUGGGUUUUAUAUCCACAUGAAGCUGUCAGUCCUGGAGCGCUCUGACUGGGUUUCAGGGGCUGGGAGAGAGGCCUGGGUCCUUCUGUUGACUCUGCUCGGCAUCCUCUCGCUUAUAUGGGUGAGCUGGUUGCUAGGUGAACAGCUUGGUGCCAUUUCCAUGGGAACAACCACCUACUUCAGGUACAACCAGAAAUGCCCUACCAAAAGACAACGCUUGGCGACAGUGAUUUCUUUCCUGCUUGUGGGGAAGCAAGACCAGGGACGUUUUCAGUCCUUUAACAUAUAGCUUUUAAGAUUAAGUGACUUUAGUUUUUUAAUUUACAAAGGUUUUUAUUAGCUGGAAUAAUGCGGUAUGAUACAACUUAGUAGAAGCACUGUUGACAGCAUCUGUGCCAUGCCUUUGAUUUUCAAGUUAUAUUGAAUGUAAUCCUAGUGUUGUACAGCCCUUUUAUGUGUUCUUACAGUUUUAUAUUUUACAUCAUAUUUGUUGUAAAAUUGUUUGUAUUACUAUUUAUUUUUAAAGGACAAAUAUAAAUAAAACCUUUUGGUAUAAA